ACCUCGCACAAAGUCUCGGUCGCUUACAUCGACAGCUUGAGUUGAUUGCGACGCCUCACCAGCAGCCUCGCUGCCACACCCGGAGGCCUCACAUUAACCAUCAAGCCGCAGAGCAUUCCUCAGGCCAGCGCAGGUCUCCCGGCUCGCUUCUUUGUGCACUCCCGUUCGCAUUCAACAUGGAUGGACUCGCCUUCUUAGACGAGUACACGGAGCGAGGCCAGAGUAAUGCAACGCUGAAGAUAGUCCUUCCCAGCGGAGAGGUCCGUCAGAUCUCAGAUCGCAUCUGCCCGUUCAAGUUCUUGGACAGAUGUCCGCUCCUGUACCACGCAUUUGAGUACGGUUUCCAGAGCCGCCUACAAGCGAGUAUUGAGGCCCUAUCCGAGUAUGCCGUCGUCUCGCUUCUUCGGUUCUGCUACACCGGUAGCUAUAUUCCGCCUCGAGCAGAGUAUGAUCCAGUGUCGUUUCUUCCCCAUGCCGAGACGUAUAAGAUCGCCGAGGAUUUCGAUGUUCCUGAACUGCAACUCCUCGCGCACGGCAAUUUCUCAUGCCAGCUCGAGUUCGCCUGCUGUGUACCCGCGGCUCCCCAUGACUUGGUCGAGACUAUUCGUUUUGUAUAUCGUCACUAUGCCAGUCAGCAGGCUCGUCGACAGCACGACCUCGUCCCUUCAUUGCUCAACUACUGCAUCUCAAACUUCCUCUACCACAAGCUAGGGGAGGAUGCCGAGUUUCUCAAGAUUGCUGCUGAAAUCCCGGACUUCCGCCAGGACCUAUGCCGCACGAACAUGGGACGCAAUUUCCAAGAUGAGUGCGCGUUCGACAUUGUACGGUUAUGUCUCGAUACCCUCCAGGUUCAACCUUGUGUUCGCCCGACUGUCCUUGCGUCAAGAGACCUCCCAGAUGAGAUGAUUUGCGACACUCUUCCGGAUACGUCUAGUCCAUUGCGCUACCCACCUGGCGAGAAUUUGGAAGCUGUAGAGUACAGGGCGCAUGAAGAGACCGAUCAGGACAACAUGGUCGAUUCCGGAAUCCUUACAUUUGUUCGUCGCCCCAAGGUUGCACAGCCAGCUACGAUCCUAGAGUCCGACGAGGAGUGUGUUGAAGACGAUCAGGGAUUCACCUUGGUGUCCCGACCCAAACUUCAGAGCCUGACUGCGUUCGACGAACCGAUGUCUAGCCCUGAGUUGACUUCUCCUCCGGCCGUCGACAUACUAGCCGCCACUGGCACCGACUACUCCAGCGACGACGAACCGAUGUCUAGCCCCGAGUUGAUCUCCACUCCUGUAGUUGACAUACUAGCCGCUACCGGGACCGACUACUCUAGCGAUGAAGAGUGGACGCAGAUCUGAGAGUGCCAGUACAUUCCAUGGCCAGAGAGUGCUCUGGUCUUGGGCAUACGGCGUUAUUGAUGGGAUAUAGAUGUCUCACGAAAUUAUGGAUUUUGAAUCUGUUUUGGCAUGGUUUAUUAAGUUGGGUUUAAAUUGUUUAGGAAGGGGCGUUUCAAGUGAUCGGAA